CAACAUUUUCACAGCAGAACUAACACUUUUGGCUUCCACUGUAUCGUGAAUUUAGGAGCUCACUAUUUAUCUAAACCUGAUAUAAGAGAUAACUCUGCACCUGAGGGGAUCUUAUAAUUUUAGAUCAACUUUCCCAACCUACAUCAUGAAGGCAGGUCUAAAGACACAGCCCACCAAACCAAACGGCUGUCUUUCAGGGAGGGAGAAAGAGAGAGAGAGAGAUGAAUCUGGGGCACUAUUAUCUGGCCUCUUUUUCCAAGCAGAAGCAGAGAUUUGUGGACGGCGAGCUGGAGUGUAGAGAUAGCGUGUUGUAGUGUGACUUUUACCUAAAUUAGUAAGCCAAACCAAAGCAAGUCAACUCAAGGACGAAGACGCCUUUAAAACUACGGCACCAACUCAGAGCUCGAUUAUCUUCGAAAGCCGCCAUGUUGGAGGACAAGAAGACCAAGGUGAAGAUAACCUUUCUGGUUAUCCUGGUGGGCAUUUCGUCCAUGUUGGCGGCGGUGGUGACGGAUCAUUGGGCGGUUUUGAGUCCCAGGGUGGAGCGGCUCAAUACUACCUGUGAAGCGGCACACUUUGGACUCUGGAGGCUUUGUAAAAAGAGUAUCUUCAUUGUGGAGGAAGACCCUCAGGGCAAAGGCUGUGGCCCUAUCAGCCUGCCAGGAGUCAAGAACUGCUCCUACUUCAAGCACUUCACAUCAGGGGAAGAGGCGGAAGUUUUUGAAGUCAAGACUCAGAAAGAGUACAACAUCUCAGCUGCUGCCAUCGCCAUCUUCAGCCUGGCCUUCAUGACUCUGGGCAGCCUCUGCCUGCUGGGCGCGUUUGGGAAGGGCAGAGAUUACCUGCUGAGACCCGCCGGCAUGUUCUUCGCUUUUGCAGGUCUGUGUAUCGUCAUCUCGGUGGAGGUCAUGAGGCAGUCGGUCAAACGCAUGAUCGACAGCGACGAGACCAUAUGGAUCGAGUACUACUAUUCCUGGUCCUUCGCCUGUGCCUGCGCCGCCUUCACCCUCCUUUUUCUCAGCGGCAUCACUCUACUCAUCAUCUCCAUGCCACACAUGCCCAGAAACCCCUGGGAGACCUGCAUGGACGCCGAGCCCGAGCCCAUAGACUAGCGGGACAUCUCGACCAGAGGAACAGACACAAACAUAUGGGCAAAAUAUGCUGUUAUUACUUAGAGGUUUUGUCUCGUUUCUUGUCCAAAGUCUUAAAUCAAGAAGCAUUUUCUAGACACGCACAAAGAUGUUGUCUUGUUUUCAAAAAUAUUGAGUCGAAAUUAAGCGAGUUUUCUUUUAAAACAAGUUAAAUAAUCUGCUAACAGGGUGUGGAAAAAGACACACGUCAAAAAUGCUGAUCGAUUUGUUGUUGAUGAAAUCUUGACGUCUAUUAGACAUCCACAUAUUGAUGCUCUUUUGACUAUCAUAAUAAUGACACAAAAAGUAUUACAUUAUGUAAUAUGAAUAAAUAAAUAUGACUAAAUAAGUACAAUUAGCUUCAAUUCGAAAUUUGCUCUGAAUUUUGUCUCCUUUCGAUUAAUGUAGGGAUUUAUUCAUGUAAACUAGCUUGAUCUCAAAAUGACGGUAAAUUGAUGUUAAUAAGCACGUCAAAAAUCGUUUACGUAUUUAGCUAUAUUUAUUCCCAGGUAGUCACCUGACAUUUAUUUUUUACAUCUUUUAAUGUCAUUUUGAGUUAUUUGUAAGUAAACUAAUCUUGUUUUGCUUUAAUAUCAAAAAACACGUCAAAAACGCACAUCGAUUUGAUAUUGAUGAAAUCUUGACGUCUAUUAGACAUCCACACAUUGACAUUUUUUUUAACCAUCAAAAUAACAACACAAACAUAAAAAAGUAUUAUAGUAUUAAAAAAGUUUUACUCGUAUGAAAGCUGCAAUUCCGAAUUUGAACUGGAUUUUCUAUCCGUGCAAUUAUGUGAACUAGCUUGAUGUUAAAAUGACAUUAAACUGACAUCAAAAAUUGAUUACAGGUCAUUCCAAGGUAGUCUCCUGACAUGUUUACGUGUUUUUGACGUCAUUUUGAGCUACUUGUUCAUUUGUAAGUAAAAUAAUCUUGUUUUUGCUUUGAAA